AUGUAUAUUGUAAAUAUAUAUAUAUAUAUAUUUUAUAUAUUUAUAUAUAUAUAUAUAUUUUUUUUUCACUGUUAUAAAAAUAUAAUGAAAAAUUUUUUAAUAAAUGUUUUAAGUAAUAUUUUUAAAGAGAGAAAUGAAAAAAAACUAAAAAAGUUUUAUAAUUUUAUUAUUAAGAACAAGAAUAGUGUAUAUUUAAAUGAUGAUGAUGUAUUAUAUCCAUUAUCAACUAUUUCAUAUUUUUUAAAUUAUUUAGAAAAUGAAGUUGCUUAUUUUACAAAUUCUCACAAAUAUUCAUCUAAAAAUGGUGAAGAAGAAAAUAAAUCAUUUGAAUUGGAAAUAGCUGAUGUUAAAAAUAAUAAAAGUAAGAAGAAACUUUACUUUUCUAAUUUAAAAAAUUUUUUAAAUUCUAGUAGAAAAUAUUCUAAUCUAUUUUUUGAUGUUUACUUGAAAUAUAUUUUAUUAGAAAAAAAAGGGAAAAUUAAUAUAAAAAAUUAUAUGUAUUUAUUUAAUUCUUUAUGUUUAUUAAAUUAUGAUGAACAAAAAAAAAAUUGUAAACAUAUUUUUGAAAAAGCUUUAGUAGAAAUUAUAACAAUAAAUGAACAUUAUUUAAAUCAAAAAAGUUUAUACAAAAAAGAAAAUGCAUCGUUAUCUACACCUAUAGAUAGUCAAAAGAUAUUAGAACUACUUACACUUAUAAACAAACACAAUACAAAAUUAGAAAAAUAUGAAAUUAAUUUUGAUCUAUUAAAUUUAUUUUAUCUUCAUCUGUUUAAUUAUCUAUUUCAUACUAAUUUUUUUGUAAUAAAUGAGUUAAUCAAAAGUAUUAAUAUGAAUAAUAACUUAUUUAUAAAAAAUUUUAAGAGAACUAAUAUUAUUACUUUUAACAGAAACAAAAAUGAGAAAAAAGUUAUCAAUGUAAAUUAUAAGGAAAACAAAAUAAAUAUAAAAGAAUUGAAAUUAUUUUAUAAUUUUAUAUUAAUGGAUUCUUAUAACUUUUUAAGUAUAAUUUUUUUUUUAAAUAAAUACAAUAACUAUAACUAUUUUAUCAUAAAAAAUAAAAAUGAAGAUAUAAGUUUGAAUAAUAUAAUUUCUAUAAUAGAAAUGCAAAAGAUGCAUAUAUUUAAUUCUUUAUUUUAUAACCCAUUUUCAAAAAAUCAAAAAAAUAUAUAUGAGUCGAUCAAAUAUAAAAUAAGAAAAGAAAAGAAUGAUGAUAAUUUAAAAACAUUUCAAAUUAAUGAAGAAAAAAAUACUUUUCUUAAAAGACAAGAUAAAAAAUACAACAAUAAUAAUGAUAUCUUUAAUAGAUUGAAUAACAAAUAUUUAUACAAAAAAGUAUUAUAUUCUACAAAUUUAUUAAAUAGUAGUGUUAAUAUAAUGAUAUGGGAAGUUUUUUCUAAUAAAAACAUGUAUUUUUUUAAAAAUAAAAGAAUAGUUAAUUUUCUCCUUUUUCAAAAUAAUAUAAUAAAAAUAAAAUUUCUUAAAUUCAUAUGUUUCUCUUUAAUAAAAGACUUUCACAUAUUGAAUUAUUUUAAUAAAAAUAUAUAUAAUCACAUAUGUAUAUAUAAAUUAUGUAUUUUUUUACAAAAAAAAUAUAAUAAUAUUGAAUUUUUCCAAGAGAUAUAUAUUUACAAUAAAUUUUUUGAAUUCAUUUUAAAAUUUUAUAUUUCUUUUUUAUGUGCUAAUAAUAUAUCUUUUCUUCUCUUCGUUUAUUCUAAGAACAAUUUACAACAACAAAAAAAGGAAGAAGAAGAAGAAAAAGAAAAGGAAAAAAAAAAUAGAUUAAUUAAAUUAAUAAAUGAUGAAAUAAUUAAGAGAAUAAAUAAAUCAUCAAUUGAAUUAAGUAAAGACGAAAAUUAUAAUAGCUACCUAAAUAAUAGUAAUACAAGUUGCUUUAUUAUAAAUAAUGAUGACAACAAUUAUGAAAAAAAUAACGACAAUUAUUUAAUUAAUAAUGAUAUAUAUAUAUUGAGUACUCCUAAUAAUUUUAAUAAAUAUAAAAACCAUUUAAAUAUUAACAAAAGACAUUUAUAUAAUAUUUGUAAUUCAUAUGUAAAAUUAGAUUUUUGUGAUGAAAAUUUUAUUAAAAUAAUUGAAAACUUUACAAAUGAAAAUAUACAUAAAUUAAAUAAUAAAGAUAUUACUGCUGCUGUAUAUUUCUUUUCUAAAAUAAAUUAUAAAAAUAAAGAUAUUUUAAAAAAUAUAAUGAUACAUAUAGAAAAUAAAAUUUAUAAUUUCCAUUUUAAUGAAAUUCAUUUAAUAUUUAAAAGUUAUUUUAAAUUAAAAUUCUUUUUUAAAGAAAGCAUUAUAAAUAUAUUAAAUCAUUUACUUAUUGAUAUUUAUACAAUUUAUUUUAUAGAUCAUAUAAGAAAAAAAGAAAAUUAUGAAUGUGAAGAUAAAGAAUUCAAUAAAUAUUUUGAUUUUUUAGAAGAAUUCACAAAAUCUAUUAAUUCACUAAAUUCUAAAAAAAAAAUACUUUUUACAAAAAAAGGAGGAAAAUUAGAAAUUUUCAUCGAUAAUUCUACACUAAUUAUUAAAGAAAAAGAGAUACAUAAAACUUUUUUAAAAUAUAAAAAUUAUAAUAGUAAAGAAUUUGUAAAAAACAUUUUAAAUAUCUUAUAUAUACUUUCUAAAUAUAAAAUAAAAAAAAAUGUAUUAUAUGAUUCCCUUUACAUUUUUAUAAAAGAAAAAAACAACCAUUUAUUGCACAUUUUUGAUUGGAAUAAUUUAAUUUUAAGUCAUUGUAAAACUAAUUAUAAUGCAACUUACUUAGAUAAAUAUAUUUCCGAAUUUUAUAAAAUAUUAAAAGAAAUAAAAAUAUUAAAUUAUAAAAAUAUAUCAAUACUUAUUUCUUUAUGUUACCAAUUACAAAAUAUGAAAAUAAAAAAUAAAAUUUUAAUUUUUGAUUUUCUCAUAAGUAAAAUUGAUAUCAACACAUUAUCUUCUAAACAUUAUAACUUACUCAAAAUUUCCUUUCAAAAAAUAAAUCAUAAAAAAUCAUAUUUAUUUGUAAAGAAUAUUUGA